AUGAACACCCUGACCCAUUUGAUGACCCAGCGAGGGGAGAGGAUGAAGAAGGAGGAGAUCACCGCCUGGACCAAACCGCUGGAGAACACCCAGAACCCCAGCACUCAGAAGAGACCCUGGAUCCUGGACCCCUCCGGAGUCUUGUACUACGCCUGGCUCAACAUCAUGGUCGUACCGAUCACCUACAACUGGGUCAUCAUCAUCUGCAGGUCCUGUUUCGCAGAGCUGCAGUACGGCUACCUCAGCGUCUGGUUGAGUCUGGACUACCUGUGUGACAUUCUGUACAUCCUGGACAUCGUGGCCAGCUUCCAUACAGGGUUUUUGAAAGAAGGGAUCCUGGUGACGGACAAGAAUCAGAUCACUCGUCGGUACCUGAUCUCCUCCGAGUUUCGCUGGGACCUCCUUUCCGUGCUUCCGACCGACUUGCUUUACUUCAAGUUUGGCAUCCACACUCCGGCCGUGCGAAUUAACCGUUUCCUGCACUUCCAUCGGCUCUUCGAGGCCUUUGAUCGCACUGAGACGCGAAUCCCGUAUCCCAAUGCCUUCCGGAUCUGCAAACUGAUGGCCUACAUCUUUGUGGCCAUCCACUGGAAUGGCUGCGUUUAUUUUGCCCUGUCCAGCUUCAUCGGGUUUGGCAAGGACCAGUGGGUGUACCCCAACAUCUCCGACCCCGAAUUUGGCAGGCUGGGGCGUCAAUAUCUCUACAGCUUUUACUUCUCCACCCUCAUCCUUACCACCGUGGGGGACGUUCCUGCACCCAUGCAGGAGGAGGAAUACCUUUUCAUGGUGGCAGACUUCCUGAUUGCUGUUCUGGGGUUUGCCACCAUCAUGGGGAGCAUCAGCUCGGUCAUCUCCAACGUGAACGACGCAGACAAAGCCUUCUACCCCGAUUAUGACCAGGUCAAGCAGUACAUGAAGAUGUACAAGGUAAACAAAAGCCUGAAGAAGAAGGUCAUUGCCUGGCACCAGCACCUUCAGAUCAAUAAGAAGCUGACCAACGAGAACCUGAUAUUGAAGAACCUCCCUGAGAAGCUGAGGGUGGAGGUGGCCGUCAGCGUCCACUUGUCCACGAUGAGCAAAGUGCAGAUCUUUCAGAACUGCGAGAAGGGCCUGCUGGAGGAACUGGUGCUGAAGCUGAAGCCUCAGGUCUACAGCCCCGGGGAGUAUGUGUGUAAGAAGGGUGACAUUGGACGUGAGAUGUACAUUAUCAAAGAGGGGAAGUUGGCGGUGGUGGCAGAUGAUGGCGUGACGCAGUUUGUUGUCCUCGGCGAAGGGAACUACUUUGGAGAGAUAAGCAUCAUCAACAUCAAAGGUAACACUUCUGGGAAUCGCAGAACGGCAAACAUUAAAAGCAUCGGCUACUCCGACCUCUUCUGCCUCUCCAAGGAGGACCUGAAGGAAGUCCUCACCGAGUACCCCGAUGCCAAAGCCAUGCUGGAGGAGAAAGGGCGGGAUAUCCUACUCAAGAUGAACAAGCUGGAUGAGAAGCUGGCAGCCGCCCUGGAGGCCAAGCAGCAGGAGAUGGAGGAAAAGGUGCAGAGGCUGGAGGCCAACAUGGAGUCUCUACAGACCAAGCUGGCCCGGCUCCUGGCCGAACUGGAGUCCAGUGCCGGAAAGAUCCUUCAGCGGAUUAAACGCCUGGAGUGGGAGAUCAGCUUGUGCGAGGAGGCGGCCACAGAAGACAAACCCACCGAUAGGCCAGGCGGCGAAGAGUGA